AUUUGUCAUGUUCAUUUGUCUACGAGUUGCCGCCUUCCGUUUCUGCCACGUGCUUCUGUUAUGGUCGCUCAUCAAUCGACUCGACGUGCUUGACAUCUUUUGUGUCUUGCGGUUUCUUGUCAUUUGAUUGACGAUGCUGCUCCGGACUGCGGACAACGAUGAUGCCACAUUAUACCAGGGCGUUCUGUAACUCUGGAUGCGCGUCAUAAGCUCUACCAUGGGCACCGGUUCCUCGCAUAACCUCGUCGUGCUCGCUGCAGGAGCCGCUGCGUGUGUUGGACUCGGCGCGUACCUGUUCGAAAAGAAGUUGUACAAAUACUUGCGUCGCGUGUUUCCCACGAAUGUCAUUGUGUGUUCCUCUCUCGAUGAUUUCAGAGAAGUGGAACCUCUCUUUCUGGCGCUGUGUCGCCAGUCCAGCGUCCUGGGGCUCGACUGCGAAUGGGUGAGCGUCGGCAAGCAGAGGCGAAAAGUCGCUCUGCUUCAACUGGCCCCGACGAGAGACUUCAGCGUACUUUUGAGGCUCUGCAAAGUGUUUCCAGACGCUGCCGGGGACGUGCAGGAACAGUGUCUUUCGACCCUUCCCGAGUCGUUGAGAGACGUGCUCAACGACGACUCCAUCAUCAAGCUGGGGGUGGCUGUCUGCGAUGACGCCGCCAAGCUCCUUCACGACUACGGACUGUCCGUUCGCGGUUGCGUCGACCUGAGACACGUGCUGCGUUCUUUUCCCGAGCUCCGGCACUAUCCCCUCGGCGGGCUGAAGACGCAAGCCCGCACGAUUCUCGGCGUGCAAGCGGACGACUCCAAAGUGCUCACGUGCAGCAACUGGGAGGCGGAAUCGCUUAGCGCGGCUCAAGUCAGCUACGCUGCGGCCGAUGUCCUACUUUCCGUGCAGAUUUUCGACCAGAUAAUUCGAGACAGGCUGACGCUCACCUCUUUCAGGCCCGGCUGGUAUCGCCGGCUCAGGGCUGAAACCCUGGACGCCUGCGAACAGCUCCUGGACGUCCCUUUCUCCAAGCCGGGAAGGAACUUGAUCGAAAACGGCGCGUCCGCUGUACCCACAAUGCCGAAGAAACUAGGCUGCUUUCGGUCGUAUAUGACGCGCAAGACUCCGCUUUACGACAACUGCAUGUUACAGGCACCAGAUGGUGAACCACUCAGCAGCUGCAACUACAAGAAGGUCCAGUGGUACAUUGACAAGGGCUUGGGAAGAAUCGUCUCCCGCGAUGACGAGCCACUAGCAGUGCAGCUGAACUUCGAGCCGUCCAACCGGCCAGUGCUUGACAGCCAAUACUACACGCAAAACAAGGACAACCUCUGCGUUGUAUGCAGCUCGACACGGUCUCUUGUCCGCAAGAAUGUCGUUCCCCACGAGUACAGGAAAUAUUUUCCAGAGAUCAUGAAGAACCACAUAUCGCACGACAUCCUGCUGCUAUGCCUCCACUGUCACCAGAUCAGCAACCUAAGAGAUGGAGCACUUCGCAAGACGCUGGCCAAGGAAUGUAACGCACCCAUCGAGAGUGGGGAUGUAGGAAAAGUGAGAGACGAUCAUCAUCUGCGGAAAGUGCGUUCGGCCGGACGUGCUUUACUGCUAGCACGAAAAACGCUUCCCGAAGACAGGGCAAUGGUUCUCGAGAAUGUCCUCGAGAAGCACUUCGGUGUUGACGAAGUUACCGACGACAUCAUUAAGACAGCAUCGGAAAUGGACACGAGGAUUUACAAUGAGGAGUUUGUUCCACAUGGCUUGAAGGUUGUGGAACAUUUCAAGAGCACAACCGGACUGGUCAGCUUUGAGAUGAGGUGGAGGCAGCACUUCCUGGACUCCAUGAAGCCCAAGCACAUGCCGGCACUAUGGUCCGUAGACCACCAUCGUGAGGUGCUGGCAUUAAAGUAUGCUCAAGGCAGGGCAAAGGAUGCAACCCUGUCGGAGAUCGGCAUCACUCAGGAGUUUGUAGACAGUGUCCUAGAGAAACUUGGUGUUGCUGCAGAAGACUUGAAGAAGAAAGACUGAUGACACAGGGACACUCUGGGGUUGAAAGGGACCACUGUUACGCUUAUUCCUUUGGUUGCAGAUAAAGUGAGUAUCUACUCUA